GUGCAGCCGGCAAGUCUCACAAAGUGCCCCGAAACCAAGAUCGACUCCUUCCCCAGAUUUCACAUUAUGGGGGUCCCGUCAAGCCCUAUCUCCGUCUCCUCUUUUCAUUUUCCUGCCCAACCCUCACUCAUCAUCAAUUCCAUCCACCCAUUGACACCCAACUCCAACUCACGAAGCGAACGCUCAUCAGCCGUCCAUACAUCUACACUGAACGAAUCUCUUCCGAGCAUCCCACAUGGUAUUCUGCCCUUCACAUGUUUGUUGAACGAGCAUGCCCUAUUGCGCAGAAGCCGCUCGACGCACAUGUCUUUCAAUCAUCAUCGAAGGCGGAUGAUUUCGUCGACGCUCUGAAGCAGCAUCUUCCCCUCUGUAUAUCGCGGCUCACCAAUUGACACGAACGUCCGACAUGACCGAUUCAAAGAAACCUCGAAUCCUCCGUUGUCAAGAGUGUGGUCUCGUUGUCGCUCGCCCAAGCCACUUAGCCCGUCAUCUCCAGUCCCACCUACCACCUGCUCGACGCGAGCAUUUCUCCUGCACCGAAUGUGGGCGUCAAUUCUCUCGCAAUGAUGUUCUUCUCCGACACCUUCGAACGGCGCACCAAGCCUACAUAUCCCGAAAAAGAUCUGCUCAAAAAUCCUGUUUUCGCUGUGUCAAGAAGAAAUUGAAGUGCGAUCGUGGGCAACCAUGCAUGCCUUGCUCUAAGUCAUCUGUUGCAUGCGAAUAUGCAAAUGAUGAUUCGUCAGUGGAUGGUGAAGUGCAAGAAGAGAAGAUCGAGACGGACUCCCAAAGCGUCCAGCAAUUUCAAGAUUCGAGCAUAUGCCAGAACAAUACAUUCGAAUCGCCGACGGCCUACCAAAAUCAGCCUACUCCUCAAAUAUCAUUAGUCCAGACCAACACGGUAUAUAUGCAGACCAACGGCCAAAAAUCUGCAGGUGUGCAGACAUUCAACGAGGACGCACACUUCUAUCACACGGGUUCGGAGUCGAAUGUUUCAAAUAUGAUGUCUCUGGACAUGGCCUCGUAUCCGAACACGAGUCCGACCGAUAUUGCAACUGAUUACAGUCAAUCAUUCAUGGGAUAUGAUGGCGCAUUCUUGUCUGGCGACAUGAACUUCGUGCCUUCCAAUCCCGGCCCAAGGAUCAUCGGCAUGGUGGAGGGAGGCGUCGACUGGCUCAACCUAGAGCUUGACUCUCCCAACAAUGGCGACAUUACGGCCCAGUCAAUUGGCCAAAUGUACUCUCCAGGCAAUAUGCAGUUCAUGCCAAACCAGUCUACCAUGAUGAAUGGAACCGAUCCAAUGUUCUUUGGAAGAAAUAAUAACAUCAGCGAUGCCAGAGUUCAGCCGUCCAGGCCGCCGAACCCCGUCAAUUCAUCCGCCAAAAUCAUUGAACCACAAGCUAGUGCUCAGCAAUGGCCGUUCGAUCAUACGAGGAAUCCCGAGCCACAGAAGCAUCGACUACCGCCUUUACGAGAUAUCCUUCAGGGGACCAUCACAUCCACUUCAGCUGAUAGUGGAGACCCUAUUCGGAGUCUCGUGCAAUUGUUGUCUAAUCCUCUACUGCCCGAGCUCGACCUGUCUCAAGAUGUGAGCAUGGUAUCUGCCAUGGAUCUGUUGAAGAACUCCUUGGAGCUCUACUUUAGCGAAUUCCAUGCCGUGUUGCCUUUGGUGCAUAUUCCAACAUUUAAUAUGGCCAAGAUCCCGACUGUGACCCUUGCGGCAAUGGCCUGUAUUGGAGCCAUGUACUCGGAUGAUCGACAAGGUACUGAACAAUCAACGUCAAUGAGCGAGAUAUGCAUACAGAUGAUCGCGUGGCUGGGAGGAUCUGAUACCACAAACUUCUACAAACCGGCCUACCUCAUAGCUUGUUGCCUUCACCAGAUUUACUCUCUCGGGUCCGGAAAUAGACGACUUUAUCAAAAUGCCGACUGUAGCAGAGGCAUACUAAUAGGCUGUCUUCGAGGAAUGGGCAUUCUCAAAAGUCGUGUCAGCGCCGAACCUGAGAAGGAAGACGCCAGGCACGUGUUGUCGGCUGACAAUGUAGGCGCUGAAUGGAUGCAAUGGAAGGUUGAGGAGGAAGAGAAGCGCAUCGCGUGGUCUGUUUUCGAGUACGACUGCAGCCUCUGCACACUGACGUCCAAGAGAGGUGCAGUUGAUCUACCAGAACUACCGAGUCAUCUGCCAUGCGCUGAACCUCUGUGGGAUGCACCUUCUGCUCAAGCAUGGGCGGCCCUGUACUCUCGCUUAUCGUCAACAGCUCGGGGUGCUCCGACGUCAACGGUCCUCCGCAGUCUUCUGACUAGCAAGACAUUGCCUCCAAAUCUACCUGCUUGGAGUAAGAGACUCUGUGCACAAAGCAUAGGUCGGCUUCUGUGGGACCUGAAACAGUUGGACAUAAUGUCGACGCCAGAGUAUCUCAAAUUACCUUCUAUGUCUGCGGCUCAAAGACAGACCAAGGCCAUGCUUCUGCAAGGACUCACUACGAUUUGCGAGUCAAUGUAUUCACCGAUCACCACUGCAGAGUUGAUACAUUACAACCUUGCGUCCCUGAUCUGUCACUAUUCACACUUGUACAGCUCGGAGGAGGCCAUGGACCUUGUUGUGCACAUCUUUCGAACAUCAGCUUCCGCUUCAAAGCCGCCAGACCCUAGUUUACUCCCCGCCAAACGUCGGCUCGCUUCGAUACUAGGAAAGAAUCCCCACAAAGCUCGCCAUCUGGCAUGGCAUGCAGCCCAGAUCGUUUCUGUGGCAAAUGAAUAUUUGGUCUCUGCACCAUGCGAGAUCAUGAGAGUCUUCAUGGGCUACAUGUUCAUCUUGUCAUUCAUCAAGUUUGGGCCUCAACCCGCACCAGAUGCACACAUCAGUCCUGUCCGCCUAGACCUGUCGAACAGAAUUGACGGUCAAAGGACUGCAGUCGCAACAUGGAUCGAGGUUGGGGGACCUGCAAGCAUAGGUCUUGUCCACAAUAUUUACGGCAACGGAGGCCUCAAGGCUAUCAGUCAUGAAGCUCAGACGAUGCUGCGGAAUUUGCGAUAUUGGGGGCUCGCGAAGAAAUUCAUUCGCAUAUUGGAGGGCUUUGAUCUGAACGACUGACCGUUGAAACUGAUACCCGGGUCAGUAUGCCUGGAAUUGCAAUGAAGCAUACUUGGCGCAUCAGCCGCAAGCUUGAGCAUGUCGACUCGGAGGCCUUCCCACCACACAUGGUCCUUUGGUCACACCACCUCGAGCGAUGCAUGUCCUGUUUGCGGGCAAUGAAUUCUUUUCUUGACCCCAACAUGCCCCAGCCUGCCGGAAUCCGGAGCGCGGGUUCUCUCCAUGUGACCGCCUCUUUUUCACAUAACCACAAGCUUCAAGCUGCGGGUCUGAAUAGUGUAAAAGUCCGAAACGCUGUUCAUGAACCCCAUAACAUUGACUCUUGAACUUGUGGUACGCCCGGAGUUCGGACGU